UUUUCUAUGUUUGUAGACUUGUUAUCCCACAUCCCAUGUUUUCUCGCGAGACUUUGCGGUCAUCUUGAAAAACAGCAAUGUUGAGUGGGUGAUUUCGCGGGAAUUGUUUCCUUUGCUCGGGAUGAAAUGACUGAUAUCUGACUACAUAACAUACAACCUGAUUCAACACGGAUACCAGCUGAAGCCUUGCGUUGCCUGUACUAAGGACAGUCAUGUUUUCCGACCUGAGCGCCCAAAAGGAGGGCUCCUCUCUGCUCUGCCGCCCCUCCGAGGACCAGGGCCCGGUGUUUGACAGGAUGUCUCUGGCCUACAGUCCAUGCUCCGAGCGAUACACGGUUGGGGAGCGGAGCUUCAGUCGCCAGUAUGCUCAUAUCUACGCAGCACGACUCAUGCAGAUGAGACCCUUGUUGUCAGAGAGAGCCAAGCAGAAGUGGGGAUCAGAUGUGCUUAUUAGGAAACUGUGUGAUCUUCAGACAGGGGAGCAGUGUUGCAUUGUGGGGACUUUGUUCAAGCGUAUGGAUUUGCAGCCAUCCAUUCUGAAAGAGAUCAGUGAGGAGCACAACCUGUUGCCUCAGCCUGCAAGAGUCAAAUUCAUCAGUGAGACGGAUGAGCUGAUUCUGGAGGAUGAGCUACAGAGGAUCAAACUGGAGGGCAACAUUUACAAAGACAAGUGUGUCACAGGUAGUGUUAUUGCAAUAUAUGGAGCCGAAAAGAAUGAUGGGAAGUUCACUGUUGAGGACUUUUGCAUGGCUGAUCUUCCUCCACAAUCACCAAGACCUACACUGAGCUCUGACAGGUUUGUGCUCCUGGUCUCAGGACUCGGGCUCGGCAGUACUCACGCUGACAGCAUGCUGGGGCUGCAGCUGCUGGUUGACAUGGUAACUGGUCAGCUGGGUGACCAGGGGGAGCAGAGCGGUGCAGCGACAAUUUCCAGAGUAUUACUGGUUGGAAACCUGCUGAGCCAAAACACCCAGGAUGCUGAUGCAGCAACCAAGCCUAAAUACCUCACUAAGAAGACUCAGGCUGGCAGCGUGGAGGCCAUUCGUCUGCUGGAUGAGAUGCUGCUUCAGCUGGUGGCCUCAGUUCCAGUGGAUGUCAUGCCGGGCCAGUACGACCCCACCAACUUCACCCUCCCUCAGCAGGCCCUCCACCGCUGCAUGUUCCCCCUGUCCUCAGUGUACCCCACGCUGCAGCUGGUCACCAAUCCACACCAAUCUCACAUUGAUGGAGUUAGGUUCCUGGGCACAUCCGGCCAGAAUGUCUGUGACAUUCAGAGAUACAGCAGCAUGGACGAUCACCUGGAAAUACUGGAGGACACGCUGCGACUCAGACACCUGGCGCCAACAGCACCCGAUACUCUGGGUUGUUACCCAUUUUACCAAAAAGACCCUUUCAUCUUGGAAGAGUGUCCCCAUGUUUACUUCAGUGGCAUGGCCCCAACCUUUCAGUCUAAGCUUGUUACAGGUCCUGAUGGCCAAGAAUGCCUUCUGGUUACUAUUCCAGACUUCAACAGCACCCAAACAGCAUGCCUGGUGAAUUUACGUACUCUGACAUGUGAGCCAAUCAGCUUCUCUGCCUUCUCCGCGGACGAGGAUGAGGACAGUGAGAUGAACGUCAGCCACUGAGUGUCCAUAAUAUCCACAUACAGAUCAACACUUCUAGGACGCUAUUGAUGAACACUCAAACUAAAUUCUUAUGACCACAGCGGAGUCACAGCAACAUUGAGACAUGAACUACAGAGGCGGGGGUGUUUGUGAAACACUGAUGCUGUCCAGUGUCAUAAUGGCCAACAAAUUGCUGUUAAAGUUACUGUUGUCAAGGUGUGUUAUUUUUCCAGAAGGGAUAAGGGCCCGGCCACAUCUUAAAUAAUUGGCCAUAAUACUCGUUUGUAGUUUUAAAAUAAAGAUAUAAAAGCACUGAUAUCCCAGAAUGCUACACUCAAAUACGUGUUUACAAAUGUGCAAAAAAAGACAGAAUAGGCAUUGUGUAUUACAGUAACAAACCUUUAUUUGAAAAAUAACUACUUUAUUGCUGCGUCUGAGGCAACAUGACAAAAGACCCUUUCCCUCUGAAUCGCUGUAAGCUUUUUGAACCCUUUUGUGACUUUUCAUACUGUAAAAAUAUGUGUAAAUAACUCUGAAGUAAAAAAAAAAACUACUUUUUUUUUUAUGUGCAUCUACAAUAAACAUAUUUUCAUGAC